AUGCAGUGGUUACAAUUGGCACAAAUUUUAAUUGUGAAUGCAUUAAUAAAUUAUGCAUAUGCCCAGGAAAUGAAUAAAAACGACACGAAAUACUCCUUGCCUGUAAUUACAUCAGAUUUAAAGAUAGCCGCGGAUUUGGGACACCGUAUAAUAAAAAAGGGAGGUAAUGCAGUUGAUGCAGCUAUCUCCACUACAAUUGCGGUUGGCGCUAUAAACUCAUUUGCCUCUGGACUUGGCGGGGGAGGAUUUUUACUUAUUUAUUUGCCGGAUGGGCAGUGCUUUGAAUAUAACUUUCGGGAGAGAGCUCCCAUGUCUGUAAACAUUAAAAACUACACAAAUGCCAAGGAUUCUAGACUAGGAAGAAAGGCUGUGGCUAUUCCCAGUGAAAUUUUAGGAUUAUUUACCGUACACAGCAACUAUGGGGCCCUUCCCUGGUGCGAACUCUUUCCAGAAAUAAUUGAGAUGCUCAGAAGCGGAUUCCACGUGCCUCGGAUACUUUCGGAAAAGCUCAAAGAGUUUGAGCAUAUAAUCAGAAGUGAUAAAGGAUUAUCUGAUACGUUUAUUAAAAAUGGCAAGGUUGCAUCUGAGAAUGAUAUUCUUACUCGCCCAAACCUUGCAAACACUUUAGAAAUACUUGCCACAGACCCAAGCAGCUUCUACUUUGGGUCUGUGGGAAAGUCUCUUCUUUCAUUCAUUAAUGAAGAUGGCGUAAUAAUUACUCCAGACGAAUUUAAACAAAUUCACGUCAUUAAGAAGAGCGUAGUGCCCAAAGUAGUAAAUAAUACUCGCGUAUAUGCACCUUCUUUGCCUACAACAGGAUAUAUGUUGGGUUUAGCCAUGUCCGUUUUUGAUAAGCUUAAAUUAGACAAAAAUACAACAGAAGAGGAAUUGCAGGUAUAUUUAAUAAAAAUAUAUAAUGAGCUUUACUCCAUACGCACUCAGCUAGAAGACCUUCAGGAUGAAACAAAAAACAUUAAAAGUCUUAUGUGCCACACACAGCAGAAAGUCGUAGAUCAAAUUGUUCGGAAUAUAAACGAGAAGAAGCCCUUCACCCCACAUAAAAACAACCUAGCAGAAGACCAUGGAACAACACACAUAAAUGUGAUGGAUGCACAGGGUAUGAUGGUAGCGCUCACAUCUACAAUUAAUAACUACUGGGGUGCAGGACUAAUGGACCCAGUGACUGGUAUAAUUCUAAACAACCAAAUAGACGACUUUGCAUUUACUGAAUUUUCUACUCUCAAUGGAAUUUCAUCCAGUAGAUCUGGCAAGAACCACAUUAUGCCGUUUAAACAGCCACUUUCAUCUGCCAUGCCCGCCUUUAUUAUGAAAGACAGCGAUAUAUACCUACUUGGUGCAUCUGGUGGCAUUAGAAUACCCACAGCCGUUAUUUCUACUUUAGCAAGAAUAUUUAUUAGUAGCAGCACAAUCAAAGAAGCCAUAUUACACCCUAGACUGCAUUACCAAGGAGGACACAUGAUAAAGCUAGAAAAUAAAUAUACACAUAAACUGCCCAAUAUGGGAAUAAACUGGAAUGUAAUCAAAGACAAACAAGGCGAAAUAUCCUCAUGUGUUCACAUAAUAAAAUACAAUACCAUAGAUAAAUUUGCAGUAGCAUCAUCUGAUGACAGAAAGCGUGGCGCAGCUGUUGGUAUUCCAUUCGAAGAUUCAGAAUUCUCUAGAGAUAAAAACGAAAAUUUAACCAAAAAGAGAACACAGAGUUAUCAGUUCGUAACUCUGCCAUAUACGCUUACAUUCUACAGAAAUCACAACAAAUACUAGACCUUGCAUAUACAUACUUUUAUUCUUAAUAAUAACUACACCUCCCAUAUGUAUAUUUUGAGUUUAAUUUCGGAUUAUACCCAUUGCUCAGAAAAGUAUACAAAGAGCUACUGGCGUGCUUGAAUUUCUGGAUUAACUAUCGAAGCCUUCUUAAACAAUUGUAUUUAACCUUUGAGCAUUCCGAUAUUUAGGAUUUGAAAUUUAAA